CCCUUAUAGAUUUAAAAAGAGAGGCUGCAUUCUCAGACUGACACUUAUUCAACACUGCCACCUUAAGCAGAUUACUUGCGCCGCCUGUGUCAAAUACGUGCUUCACUUUGCCUCAUCUCCAUCAUGCUUGGGAUGCUCAGACACCACCUUCACCCGGGCAUUUUUCUCUUGUUGGCGUGGCUUUGUCACCUCAUGGAACAUCAAAAAGUUCAAGCUGGGAAUUGCUGGUUGCAGCAAGGGAAGAACGGGAGGUGCCAGGUGCUCUACAUGCCAGGGAUGACCAGAGAGGAGUGCUGUCGGAGUGGACGGCUGGGGACGUCCUGGACGGAGGAGGACGUCCCCAACAGCACGCUCUUUAGGUGGAUGAUCUUCAAUGGCGGAGCCCCCAAUUGCAUACCAUGCAAAGGUGGAGAAAGCUGCGAUAAUGUGGACUGUGGGCCUGGAAAGAGGUGCAAGAUGAACAGGAGGAGUAAGCCGCGCUGCGUGUGCGCGCCGGACUGCUCCAACAUCACCUGGAAGGGGCCGGUGUGCGGCUCGGACGGGAAGACCUACAAAGACGAAUGCGCGCUCCUCAAGGCGAAAUGCAAAGGCCACCCCGACCUGGACGUCCAGUACCAGGGAAAAUGCAAAAAAACGUGCCGCGACGUCCUGUGUCCCGGCACCUCCACCUGCGUCGUGGACCAGACCAAUAACGCGUAUUGUGUCACGUGUAAUCGGAUUUGCCCCGAGGUGACGUCACCGGAGCAGUACCUGUGCGGGAACGACGGGAUCACCUACGCCAGCGCCUGCCACCUGAGAAGGGCGACGUGUCUCCUCGGAAGGUCUAUCGGAGUGGCGUAUGAGGGGAAAUGCAUCAAGGCCAAGUCAUGUGAAGACAUUCAAUGCAGCGCAGGGAAAAAGUGUCUGUGGGAUGCCCGGAAUGGCCGGGGCCGUUGCUCACUCUGUGAUGAGUCCUGUCCGGAGAGCAGGACAGACGAGGCGGUGUGUGCCAGCGACAACACCACGUACCCCAGCGAAUGUGCCAUGAAGCAAGCUGCUUGUUCUAACGGGGUGUUGCUGGAAGUCAAGCACUCAGGAUCUUGCAACUGAAUCUACCCAAAAGAGACCCGACCCACUGGAACCAUCCGCCCCAAUGCCACUACCCCUGCCUCCCAGCCCCCCAGCCCCAUAACCCACCUUGUGACCCCGCCACCCUCCUGUCCACCCCCUUAGUUCCAUCAACCCUCUUUUUUUUUUUUUUUUCUCAUGCUGCAGCGCUGACUUGCUAGAUUAUGUAAAUGGACAUGUAAUUGGGGAUGCCACAGUCAUUGUUGCUGCCAAGUCAGACAGAAUUUUCCUCACAGAUGCACACACAAACAUAAUCAUAUAGUCGUAAAAAAAAAGGAAACACAAAGAAGGCUGUGUGCAAGUCGCUAUGUGAGCUCUUUUUUUUGACAUUCAGUGAUAUUCUGCGCUGUUGUGGUCCAUAUUCAUACAACAGCUACCAUAUAUUCUCCCAUAUAGCCAUUACAGAAGACCAGGAGGCGGAUGAGGAAGAUGAGGACUCAGACUACAUCCCCUAUGUCCAUUUAUCUUCCGUACUGGAUGGAUAGGCUCCCAUCAUAGGGGAACAGUUCUAGGGCAAGGAAUUAUGUCCAUAUUGUACAUUAUGUGUAUGCUUAUUUAUUUUAAUUUUUUUUUUUUUUAAAGGAAGUACACAUAUAGAUCAGUCUGCUAGAUGUUUAUUUAUACAGUACUUUUUGUGUUUUAUAAUUUAUACAUUAACAUUGUCAGACUUUCAUCUAUCAUGAUAUAUAUUGUGUCACCACUCAUUUUCCCCUUUUUAUGUUGUUCUCUCUUUAACGUUCUUUUUUUAUCAUGAAGAAUUAUAUUUGUCCAAAGAAAAACAGUGUUAUUUAUUUGUCAUUUUACCGUGUAAGUAUAAGUCCUCUACAAGCUGUAAAUUGCAUUCCCUGAGCUGUAAAAAUCUGCUUGUUUCUGUCAAAUCUCUGUCACAGAUGUUCAUGUCACACAAUCGUAAAUGCAUGUUUAGGCUGUGUGUUUAUUUAUUGGGUAUAUAUAUCAUUUUAUGUACCGAUGUGUUUCUGGUUUGUUUACAACUAUAAUACCUGACCAAAGGGAUUCUCUUACUGUUUUUUUUUUGUUUGUUUGUUAGUUUUUUUUGCAAAUGAGCAUGGUAAAAGGUGCAUCACAGCAGUGAUGACAUGGAAAAGAAAAGGAGAGCCAUUUGUUUGUCCUUUUCAGGUUUUUCUUUGGUUUUAGCCCUUUAGAUUUGUUUCAACCUGGAAGCAACAACCGUAGACAUAAUUCCAUAGCAUUUACUUUGUCCCACAACAUGCAGAGGUAAGUUUUGGACAUUACUUGAUUAUUUUGGAAACAAUGUGCCAUUAACAUUUGUGAACUGUUUUUUUUUGCCAAUGUGCUCCAUAUUGCUCUCACAGAGCUGUAAUAAGAAUAAUGUACUGCAGUAUUCUUCACUAUAUCAGACUAGCUUGUUUGUCUUUGUUUUUUUUUCAUAAUGCAUUUUUGUUUUCAAGCAUCACAAGAGAAAUACAAAAUUCUGUUAUGAAUAUAUAGUUUUGUAUUUUUAUGUAAAUGUCAUAUGUACAUACAAAGUUUGACGGUAUUUGUACAG